AUGGCAACAAGUCAAGACGCAUCGCAAAUUAGUUUGAAUGACAUGACGGGUCGAUUUAAUGGAGGCUCUUUCAAAAUUGACCAUCGGGAUACAAAUACGAUUUUAUCAGUCACACUGUCUCCGAAUAUAUCGUUCUAUGCUCAACCAGGAGCAAUGGUUGCUAUGAGUUCACAAAUAACAUUGAAGGGAAAAUUGAAGUUUUCAUUCAAAAAGAUGCUCACUGGUGGUGAAAUGUGUCAAUCAACUUAUACCGGUCCCGGUGAAAUUUUAUUUGCGCCGCCUAUUUGGGGCGAUAUCAUUCCGAUUCAUUUGGACGGAACUAUUCAAUGGAGUGUUGGUCGAGGUGGUUUUCUAGCAAUGACCGAUGGUGUUAUUAAAGAAACCAAAUCUCAAGGAUUAGGCAAAGGAAUGUUUUCAGGCGAAGGACUUUUUGUGAACCGUGUGUCUGGUGUUGGAAUUCUUUUUGUUACAUCACUUGGUGCAAUUAUUCAACGAAAUCUAAGGGACGGAGAACAGUGGAUUGUUGAUAAUGGCCAUUUAGUGGCAUGGAAUUGUCCAUAUUCUAUUGAAAGAUCAGGUGGCGGAAUUAUCAGCGGAAUGCAUGCAGGCGAAGGGCUAGUUUGCCGAUUUACCGGCCCAGGGACGGUAUUUAUUCAAACACGAAAUCCUGAAGCUCUAUCGGAAUGGAUUGCAGGCCAUCGUUCACCCAGUUGA